CAUUCUACUUCUCCACCGCAUUUUUUUUUAACAUGCAUUCUCAGACGUUUACUGAUAUCUGUGUUCUCACAUCACAUCGCAUUUUUCUUUUUUUUUUCAUUUCGUUUUAUAUUUGCACACUUUGUUAGGUUCUAUUAACUAACAUCUUCAAUGACAAGAAAAAACUUGUUUCUUAUUUGCCGUAUCUACUCGGCAUUCCUUUUUUCACUCGGGUUAUAUCUACAUAGGAAGUUGUUUUUUUUUAACACGAACAUUUUUUGCAUUGGUAUUGUAUGAAAAUAUGUAUUUGAAAAAACGCGGCGUCAGUCCUCAGUGGUUUAGUUAUUCAUUUCAAUUUUCAUUGUUUCUUCAAACUUCGAGGGAGUAAGUCGACCCCAACCGCGAUUAAAUUAAAAGUGCAAAAUAAAUUUAAUAUAUAGGUAUAAAUUAAAAAAGUGAAGAAAAGGACCAAAGGAUAAAAUAUUGAUCUUUUAAAAAUUUUUAAGAUGGAUGACGAUGUCUGCAAUUUGCUCCGAGAAUGGGGUCUGGAAAACUAUAUUGACAUUUUUAAAGAAAAUGCCAUAACGUCAAUGAGUUUACCGCUACUAGGUGCUUCCGAAAUUAAGGAAAUGUUACCUGUCAUAGGGCACCGAGUCCUUUUUAUGAGGAAUUUGGAAGAAUGGCGUAGAGCAAUGCAUCCUAACGCUUCAAACAGCUAUGAAUGUCAAGAAAUAAGUUCCUGUAGGUCUCAAAUCCAAAACGAAACCUUAAGCUUUUCGCUAAACGAUAUUUUACCUGGUUUUGACAAGAUUGAUUCAUUUGAUUCGACAGUGCUCGUUGAAAAUACACAAUUAACACCACAAUCCAUCAAAAACAUGGAGUCUUGUACUUCAAGUAUUGACGAUCUUAAAACACUUCUUGAGAACUCUUUAGAAGGCAAAGGACUCCUCAGCUUAAAUAAAAACUUACCACUAGGUAACAUCCCAAGACUACGAUUAGUGCGUAUUAUAAGCACUCAUAUACUUAAAAAAAACCCGGAAAGAAAUAUUACUGCCUCUAUUUAUGGAAAAUGGACAAAUGAUGUUGUUCAUUUGUUUCCACGGGAAAAUAGGUCGGUUUAUUUCCACAAUAAAAUUAUAGACUCUGGUCAUGGAAUUGUCAACCGGUUGGCUGGAAAGUUGCCAGACCACAUCCACAAUCUUAAAAGAAAAUAUCGGGAUUCUGGUUUAAUUACAAAAAGAAAGCACUCCAUUUCAUCAUCUCCAUCCAGCACACGAUCAUCGACUCCCAUACAAAGCUCAAUUAAACGCCUGGCAACAAGCUUUGAUAUUGCAGAUGAUGAAGACACGGCUGAAGAGGAUUUAGAAUGGCUAAGAAAUUCAAGCCAUCCAUGGCAAACAGUUGAAGAAAAAUGGGAAAAAACCAUUAACGCUCGACUUCGCCUCCUAACAACGUUUACUAUUACGAAUUAUUUUGAUGAAUAUCCGGCCCUAAAAAAUGCACUAGGAUAUAAACUUCUUGAAAAAGACUUCAACACACAACACAGUGACAAUUGCAAAGGGUUGACGGAAAAUUUUCCAAAAUUAAAAAGACAAAUCUACGGAGUAGCAGAAACAAAAUUAAAAGGAAACAACUUAUACAUACAAAAACUCAUAUCUCUGGAGAAUUUGACAGAAAAUACAAGCAAUAUUGGAGCAUUCCUGCUUAUACCAACCCUCCUAAUGGUUUCAACUAUAAGAUUGAGAGGAGUAAAUAAAAAAGUUUGGCGACCAUCGAAAUCGGAGGUAAGGGAGAGCUUCAUCACUCAUGUAUACAGUGAUGCUGAAGUCGAUCAAUCCAUUUCCUUGAGGCGGGAGAAACUUCAAGAACUUGGUCUAACACUGCAGCCUUAUAUUUUGAUUGUAGGUACGUCUCUUGACAAAAUUAAAAGCUAUUUUGUAGUUAUAAAUGAGAUAAAGUAUGUUUUUAAUUCCAUUAUUGAAGCGGUAGAUAUAUGCUUCAAAAUUAUAUUUAUGAUAAACGCAGAAUAUCCAGCGGAAUCCAAAUCUACAUGGAUGUUUAUUCAAAAAGCUUUUUUUAAAUUAUCAACAACUUUCGAUAAAGAGUCCACCGCCGCCAACACCUUGCUCGCCCAAUUAGGAAUUGACGAACAAUAAGACAAACUCCAUUUGUUUCUUACAUUUAAUAAUCAUGGUUUUUUGUUUUCUAUGCAAAUCCUUUUUUAAGGAUCUUAAAUCUCUUAAAUCACAUUUUAAUUUUAGUCACUCUGAACAUGAAUUUUUAAACUACAAAUGCAACGAAGAUGGUUGUAAGAGGUCCUUUUCUUCUUUUAAUUCAUUUCGACGACAUAUCCAGAAGGAGCAUAUUUCCUUGGUUCAAAAUCAUCCAAACUGUAUUGAUGAUAUUGAAUCCGAACCAAAUGACUUUAUAAAAAUUUACCCAAAACGAAUCAUCGAACAGUUCAACAUGGCUACGGUUUCGAAAACGCCGCCAGUUAAUGAAUCAUUAUCCAUUUUUAUUGCAUCCCUCUAUGGAAAUGUACUUUUGCCUAGAAAUGUGGUUCAAAAAGUAAUUGAGGGUCUAAAAGAAUUUUUCAGUACAUUAGGGCCAGCUAUUAAUAACACUGUUAAUGCAAUUUGUCAAGAAUACUCCCUUUCAAAUGAUAUUUCAAAAGUUUUAGUCGAAACACUUGUACCUACCAUCAUUUCCCCGCUAGAAAGUUUUAUGACUGAACAAAAACGAAUAUCUUUUUACAGUAAAAAAAAAACAUACAUCGCACCUCAAGGAAUCGUUAUUGGACAAAGAUUCGACCAUGUUAAAAGAAAUGGAAUUUCACGUAUGGAAGUAAUCGAUUGCCAAGAACAUUUUAUCCCACUUCGAAAUAUAUUGCAAACCUUUUUCUCUCUUGAAAACGUACUCGCUGAGACUUUGGAAUAUAUGGAUAGUCUUAAAGAUAAAAAUGUUAUGGAGAAUUUUAUCCAAGGAUCUUAUUGGAAAAAUCGGGUUCUGCAUCACUCAAACCGUAUUGUUCUACCUCUUUUUAUAUAUUUCGAUGAUUAUGAAAUCGGGAACGUUCUUGGCAGUCAUGCAGGUGUUCACAAGUUAGGGGCAGUCUACGUCUCAAUUCCAUGUCUUUCGCCUUGGCGUUCAUCAGUUCUAUCAAAUAUUUUUCUCAUUUUGCUAUUUCACUCGUCUGAUAGAGUAUCUUUCGGCAACAAUAUAAUAUUUAAACCAGUUAUUGAUGAUUUUAAUUUUCUUAGUGAAGAGGGCAUACAGAUAGAUGUUCCAACUUUCAAGGGAACUUUAUAUUUUGAACUUGGUCUAAUUCUGGGUGAUAACUUAGGAAUCCACUCCAUGAUUGGGUUUGUAGAGAGUUUCUCAGCAAAUUUUUCUUGCAGAGUGUGCAAAGUUACAAAGGCAGAUUUAAAAGAGCAACUGUAUGAAAAUACAGCUCUUUUGCGAACAACAGAUUCCUAUGAAGGCGAUCUUGCUUUGAAUAAUUUGUCUUUAACUGGUAUUAAGGAAAGGUGUGUCUUUCUAGGCAUAAAAGGUUUCGAUUUAUUUCAGCAAGUUGGCGCUGACGUUAUGCAUGAUGUUUUGGAAGGUGUAGCCAAAUACAUUUUAAGUUUUAUGCUAAAUAAGUACACACAAAACUCUAAAUUCUUUACUCUAGCUAUUUUUAAUGAUAAAUUAUUAGCUUUUGAAUAUGGUCCUGAUAGUAAAAAUAAGCCUUGUAGUAUCGAAAAAGAACAUCUCAAACGGGGAAAUAUACGUUUAUCUUCUGGAGAAAUGCUUACUCUUUUAAGAUUUUUGGGAUUGCUAAUAGGUGAUUUUAUACCAAGGGACGAUGAUUAUUGGGCUUUAUACACAAAUUUGAGAAAAAUUCUUGAUAUACUUCUUAGCGUCAGAAUUUCACCUGGAACAGACAAUUUAUUACAAGUUUUAAUAGCUGAGCUUAAUGAACUAUAUAUAAAACUUACCAAAGACUCUCUCAAGCCAAAGUUUCACAACCUCCUUCACUAUCAUACCGCUCUUAAAAAAUACGGUCCAUUAUCAUCGUUUUGGUCUAUGAGGUUUGAAGCCAAACACAGGCAAUCAAAAAUGUCGGCUAGAUCAUCGUGCAAUCAAAUAAAUGUCACUUGGUCUUUAGCAAUGAAACAUCAACUAAGUUUAAAUGAAAUGUUUCUUAGGGGAAAACUUUGCAACAUACUUGAAGUAGGGCCUAAAAAAAUUGUCCCAUUACCUGAAACUAAAAUACUCCAAUCACUGCUUCAACUGGACCCUAAGAAAACUUUGAUUAGGGUGAAUUGGGCGACAAUGUCUUCUAUAUUAUAUAAAAAAGGAUCAAUCUUGGUAAAAAGUCUUAACUCCGAUCGUUAUCUGUACAACUUUUUUUUAUUAGAAAAAAUAUAUUUAUACAAUUGUGAUUGCCUUAUUUUUGAGGGUAUGUUACUACAAACUUUAUGUUUUGAUGAUCAUUACUACGCUUAUGAGGUAGAGGUUCCAUCAUUAACUAAUCAAGUUACAAUGUUGCUCGAAUCCUUUCUUUCUCCAAUUCCAAAUACUUUAAAUACUUUGCCGAAUGGCAGGCAGUACGUUAUCUUAAGAAGUCCAUUAUAAAUUCUUAUCUUCCUAUAUAUAUCUUUAAUUACUACUAAGCGUGUAGCCAUUAUAAAUAUGUUCCUUAAUACUUUGUAAUGUAUUAAUGUCAAUUAUCUGAUUGGAGUAAGGUGUUGGUGUUGGUUUUAAAAGAAGCUCUUUUCUUCACACAUAUUAUG